UGAAACACGAGUCGCUGUCGUUUCUGUCGAUAUCUGUUCUUUCUGCUCUAUUUCUCCUUCGACAAUUGCAGACGGAUCGAUUGGUCUGCGCAGGGAUUUGUCGCGAUUUUCCUCCUUCGCGUUCAACCAUAUGAAUUACUCGCGACGUGUCGCCUAUUGGUUACUCGCGUUAUCUGUACAAAUUAUUCAGGCAUGUGCGUUUUGCGGUAGAUUGGAGAUGAUAUCCGUUUGGCUGCUGUUUUUGAGGUUGCUGAGAGCUACAGCUGGUGUGAGAAGGUCAAAUGGCUGUGAACUAAAUGAAGGCAAAAGCACCUCAGUAAAUCAGCAACAAAAAGAGCAGGAAUACCACUCUGAGGCAGUCACCAUGGAGACCAGCCUGCUUUCAGAAAUGGCUGAUCUAACAGAAUGUAAAAUGGAUCCUGGGUAUACAGAGGACCAGAAAUGCCAGUUCAGGGAGGAGGAGAAAGAAUCUUUUGCCACAUAUUUCUCAGAGUGCCUAGAUACCACAGAGAGCAACCCACAGGAAGACAAGGAUGGGCAAGAUAGCAAAGACGCAAUCAAUGAAUGUGAGAGCUCAGGUGAAUCUAAUGGCAGCACAGACUCUCAAGAGAGCAUUUUUGUCAAGGUCAAAGAACAAGAGGAUUUAAAUCCCAGAGAAUAUUUUACCUCUGAGCUUCUAGAAGACUCUCACAUGAAAGAGCAACUACAAGAGGAAGAGGAAAUCAACAUUUCUAAUGAUGCCAAGGUGGAAGAACACAUUGAGCCCCAGGUGGCUGAACAAGAAAAAUCUGAGCUAGUGCAGCAAAUCCUGGAGUUAGACAUUUCUGAAUUCCCAACUGAAUCAAAGGAUAUGGAUAAAGAUGACUUAAGUGAUUGUCUACAUGUGGAGAUGGCCAUUAUUUCAUCAGACAGCGAUGCUGAUGACCAAUGGAGGUCCAUAGUAUCAUCAACUGUUGAAGAAAAUGCUGAUCACUUGUGUAUGGAUGCACCAGAGGACAACUCUGAAGACCAAGCAAAGCAUGAAGAGCAUACAGUGAUUGAGAGCAAUGCUGAAGAUGAAGAUGGAACCCUGGUGAUGAACAUCAGUGAAAGUGAUAUUCUAGAACAACCAGAAUGUCCCACAGAGUGUGAGCUGCAGGAUAUUGCUUCAGAUUCCUCUGUCCAUUACUGUAACAAGAUUCCAGAGGAUGAGGAUGAGGAAGAGAUUGUACAAAGCUCAAAGCACAACCUGCAGCGCCUGUCCUGCUCAACGUCUGAGCUCAACAAGAAAGUGCCCCAAGACUUCUGUGUAGUUCAGGACAUAAAGAGCGAGAAUGUCAGUACAGAGCACUUGGAUUUCAGUGUGACUCGCAAGCAAUGGCAGAAGAUGGAAGAGCAAACUAAGGGUCAGGUGCACCGGCCCGUGGUGAGACUGGGGUCUUGCCAGGUUGGUCACAGCUUCAUGUAUACACCUGUGCGCAACAUUGAUCGUCCCAGGAAAGACCCUGACAUAGACAGUCUUGGUCUAGGAGAUUACCAGUACACAGAGUUCAGUCCCUGUUCAGAGGAUUCUGGUCUAGAAGACACAAGCUACAGGUCCCCUUAUGAUGAGCCAGAGACUCCCGUGGAGAGGGAGAUACGUGAAGCUCUGGAGCGAGAGGAGAAUUUCAGGCGUGAGAGGGCAAUGGCAAAUUCCUUUCCUAGUGAGGCUACGCAAGUAAAGCCCAAGCCUGGUACUCUUCAACACAGCAGAUCGGAGCCUGGUGAGCGAGGAAGGAUGUUUGACACACCAGAAGACAGAUGCAGGUCUCAAAGAUCUACUAUUGCAAGAAAUCCAGCUUUCUCCAUCACUGCUUCAUCUGGAAGAGGUCCCACAUACCACGAAAUGACAGCCAAUAACGUCAUUAUACUCGAGCCGGAUUCGUACCCCACCAGCCCACGGAAUCGAGGGAAAGGAGGCCUGCUCUCUCCAGGGACGAGCAAUUGCCAAGAAUGGCCAUCAGACAUGAACAAUGUCAUUAUCCUAGAGACUUCCAAUCUCAUCAUCCGAAGUGCAUCGGAAUUCUGCCUGAGCACAGCAUGCCAAGACACCCAAGAGAGCACGUUUCCCAACAAUCCCUUUUUCAAACUGCGCUCCCAUAGCACCCAGUCUCUGGUGGACCUGGAGAUCAAGAUGGUGAGGCAAAGAGAAGAGGAGCUCAGGAGGCAGAGAGCACAACUAUAUGUAAAGGAGAGAUAUGACACGGUGCUAGUGUCCCCCAGCCAACUGCAGAAUUUCCCUUAUGAGAGACCAGGAGAAAUACCAACGAAAUCAAAGUCAUCCCCCUCGUCUCCUUCGAAGACACGCAAAAUUAAUCGCUUCACUUUGUCCUGUGAUCACAAGUUCCCUGUGGCACCUUACCCUCGAAUCAGACGGAAAAGUGCCCUGGCCCAGAGGUGGGAGGCAGGUAUAUUUGCCAAUCAUCAGCAGCAAGACUGAAUUAUUUGACUAAGUAAAGAAGCACAAAUCAAGUCUAUUAGAGUGUAAGCAUGUACAACUAGUUUUAGAGAGUAAUACAUUCAGUACUAUGACAAACAUGGAACUUAUAAGAUAAGUAAUAAAUAUAUAAUUGCGGCACAGUAAACUGACAUUUUUAACAUUUUUGAUGUGAAUAGUAUUUUCAUUCUGAAUUUUAUCCUGGAUAAACUUUUAUAUAAUUGCAGAAGAAGUACAGUUUAUAAUAUAUAAAUAUUGCACUAUGUAUAAAAUGUCAAACACUGAGAACUUUAUUAUUCUAAUUUCAAAAUACAUGCAUGAUUUAAAAAGAGUAACACUAAUUUUGAGUCUUAGAUUAAAAAUACAUUUUGUUACAAAGACAUUUUGUCACUUUAAGCAUAAAACCAUGAUACAGUGGAGAAAAUAGAUUGACAUAAAUACUUAUCUUUGAUUUAAUGAGCUCAAAAGUGCAAUUUUAGACCAUCGCUUGGACUGUCUAGAGAAUGGUGUCUGAUGAUCAAUAGUUACAGUAUUUUAAUAUUUUUUGGGAUGUAGCUCAGAGAGGUGUUUACAAGAUAAGUGACUGAAUUCUGCACCAUAAUUAGAUUGUGAUUAUUUUAACCAUUUUCAGCUUUGAUUGCUUGCUAAUACUGCAAACAUUUGUAUUUGUGUGUAAAUAUUUGUGUGAAAUAAAUAUUUAAAACCGUGUACUCCAUAAUAUUCAUGUUGC